GAUUAAUUCAUGUGUCCGGUGAUGUUUGAAACAGAAUCUCUAAGCAGUCGGCUUGAGUCGAAAGAAGAUUCAGAAAACUUUAAUAACAACUCAGAAAAUAUGGAAGCGCACGACUCAGAUGAUAGCUUCACAAACUUUAGUAUUUCAGAGAUUCUUAAACCGGAUUUUGGAAGAAAACAUUUGACCGCGGGUGUACUAAACCUCUCAAAGGACAGAGACACGUGCAUUGACCAGGAUACUUACAUGUGCUUUAACUGGGCUCGGUUACAACAACAGUUUGGACUUAAUAUAAGUGCUUUCUCAACGCCAAAGUGUUUAAACAAUUCUACUAACAUUCCUUUAAGUAAUCAUAAUACAAACUCCGUCUCAAAUUCUCGCGUUAAUAAAUCACAAAAUGGACUGAAUCUUGAUGUGCGGAACGUUACAAGCAAACAACGGGACUCUCCGUCGGAAUCACGAACCGACCGACGGACCGACCGUCGACGGGAGUCCUGCGGAUCCGAUGGCGAGAGCGUGGCGAGCAGUCCCGCCGGAAGUCCUAACACAAGCCCCUCGACGAGCACUGGCAAGGGGGACGAGGAUGGGAAACUCUGGCCCGCCUGGGUAUACUGCACGAGAUACUCGGACAGACCUUCUGCUGGACCACGGUCAAGAAAGAUCAAACGGAAAGAAAAAGUGAUAGACGAGAAAAGACCGCGUACAGCGUUCACGACCGAACAGCUCCGAAAACUUAAGGACGAAUUCGAGGCUAGCAAAUACCUAUCAGAAAGCAGACGACAACAACUCGCGCGGGAACUGAACUUGAACGAGUCGCAGAUUAAAAUCUGGUUUCAGAACAAGCGAGCGAAAAUUAAGAAGAAUACGGGCGAGCGAAACGAACUCGCUAUGGAGCUCAUAGCUCAAGGACUUUACAACCACAAGACAGUUCCUGUAAAAAUGGAAACAUGAGCAGACGAGAAUUCGGAUUGUUUGUUACAGUAAACUUGCGUUUUGAAUAUUAGCUAAAAACCAAUGUAUGUGUUAUGUGCUUGCAUAAAUGUUUGACUUAUUUAUUUAUUUUAUGAAAUGUAUCGAUAAGAAAUCCCUUUCUUAUUUAGCGGAUCUGGUGAAAUCCAUGUUAAUGUCUAUUAACGGCACCUAAUUGUCAUACACACUUCUUGUACAUUUACUUUCACUUUUUAUCUGUGUUGAUUCACAAUUGUUUUUGUUUUAACAAUUAUUUUCAAAUGUAUUAUUUUUUAUUAUGUUUUAAAAAUAAUUUUCCUCUUAAAUUUGAAUGCAUAAUGUUGUUUGUAAUUUUGGCAUUAAUACAGAAAAUAUGUUUUUAAAUAAUAAGAGUGAUUGUAUAUCCCUCAUCACUGUAUACAUAGUUUAUUUCGAUUUUAUACCUCCAAGCAUGUACGUAAAUAAAGUGCUGUGAACUAUUA